CGAUACCGUGUUAGUUUAUUUGUUGAGUUGACAGUUUGACACCAUUAUUAUUAAUGACAUUCUUAUUGUAUCAGUAGACUUGCUCAGCGUGGUUCGUUUACAUUAUUCGUGACUCAUUCCCAUAUACGAAGAGUCGUUACCAUUGUCAGGAAUACCGUAUCGAGUAAGUCUCGUUGUUUUAUCUCUGAGACUUUUCCCUUUUACUUUAUCAUUGCAAACAGUUUUCAGGGUAAUUCUCUUCUUAGGAACGUUCGUCGGAUUAGAAAGUCAGUGACUCAAAAUGGUUAGGAAGAGAUUCUCGAUGAAAGGUACUUUGGCGAAGAGGGCUUUGAAGUGUGUCGUAGUCGGGGCGUUGGUCGUUUUGGUGUUCCUUUGAUUUCUCCCGAGCCCGGGUGCGUAGUUCGCCUCUGAAAUCGUCCCGCGAGAAGGAUGGCCGAAGGCGGUGCGCAGAUCCCGCAGCCGCGUCCGAGGGCGGCCAGGACUCCGGUGCCUCUACCCAGAGUCUCUCUCGCCACGCCCCGAGUCCCAGAAAGGAAAGAGAGCGUCGAGACCAAACUGCAACACUCCAAAUCCUUCAACAACACGAGCAGCUUGAAAAAAAGCUUGAAGAGGGUGAGGAGCAACGUACAGGAAAAGAGCAACGCUGUUUUCGAGUCAACGAGAAACUCCGUCAGGAAUAUCCUGCCUAAGAGACAGUCCGCUUCGGAUGUACUAGGGACAAAGGAAAGCGAAAAAGAGAAUUUGCAAGAGGAUAAACGUUCCCAGUCCCUUCCUCCAGAUGAUCUGUUUCAAUCUAUUAAAUUUGGAUCGCCUUUGGCUUCGGAAGAUUUAUACGAGGAGAAUGACAUUACAUCCGUACCCCCUCCUUCUUACCCACCUCCGCCUUUACCAGAUGAGUCCUUUUAUGAUCAUAUUCAAUCGGCCCGUUCGAGUGUUUGUACAUCGCCUACUACAGUCCCAGAGAGGCCUUAUUACGAAGAAGUUCCCGCGUUCAAAAAAUCUUCAAACGAAGACAUCUCAGAAGUCUCAUCGAGUUGUGGUGCCGUCUCCCUCCAAGAGCUCGGACUUGAAAAGACUACAAGAUCGAAUUCGUGGAAUUUUUAUGAAUCUGCUCACGGGUCGAAUCUGUUUAAAGUUCCAGGCCCACUGUAUGAAAACGUUGCAAUCGAUGACAGUUACACUUUAAAAUCUGAAAAUAUAUACUCAGACGAGCCGAAUUCGCAUGGUGUGGUUCAUAAAUCUAAGGCCACAGUGACAAUUUUGCCAGAUGAAGUUGAUGGGGCUGUCUCGAUGAAACUAAGACCUCACGAAUAUGAAAAUUGUCUCGUGACUGUCCCUUGCGUCCUGUCGGGAGGCAGCAGUGUUGAUUCAGAUGAAAUGAACCCAAAAACGUCUGUUAUGGAUAAGAACGUUAUUUAUGAAUUUGAUCCAUUGUUUGAAGAGAGAAAAAAGCAAAAAGCCCAGGCUGAAAGGGAAAUGAAAGAAGAACAUAAAGUGAAAGAAGAAGCCGAACUUGAUCCAGAUGUAGACAUAUAUAACAUUCCGACGCCACCACAAAGAGUGGACUCUUUGAAAGAAAUUGAAGACCAGUCGGUUCCGAAUGAUGUCGAAUAUUUUCUUUACCACAGGGUGGCAGGAGAAAGUAAUUUUUUAGUUGUCGAUGAAGUGCCCAAAGGUGCUUCAUGUCAAAAAGAAGGAAGCAAACUGAGCAAUUUGGUUCAAUGGACUAAUGUAAAAAAGGUUUUAAACAAAAUGGUCCCAGAUUCAGCACCCUGGACACCUGGGCUUUCCAGGAAAAAUUCCAGAGCAAAGGAAGUCAGCCAGAAACUCAUGUUAUCUCAGUCACCACAUCACGGUUUCAUCCUUCGCUCAUUAUCAAAUGGCGAUAAGCCGAAAGAUUUCAGCCAAAAGUGGUGCCAACUUGGUGAAGGAAAACUGACUUUGGCACAGGAUAAAACAUCAUCAAGUAAAGAAGUUAUUCCUUUAGAGAACAUUCUCAGCAUACAUAAUUUACUCGAUCCCAAGAUUUGCUCUAAUGAUGACAAUGCAGUGCAUUGUUGGGAAGUGAGUGUCAGCGGGAAGACGAAGCCGUACGUCUUUGGGGCUUCAUCAUCUGCCGAUUCAAAAAUGUGGAUGAGGAAGCUUUUAGAGAGCCUGACCAACGUUUUUCCUUUAAAACUAUCAGCAGAAUUUUGCCGAGCAGGACAAUGCUUUCUUAAGGAGGGAAUAACGGAUGACUGGACAGGUGCUUGGAUCCUCCUUGCAAAACGAGUUUUGUAUUAUUGCCAAAUGAAAGAAAGAAUGAAAGAAGUAGAUUUAAGAAAAACACGGCUUGUUGCUUUACAAGCAGAUGAUGGGAGCUGUAAGCUUGUCAGCGAACAAGGCGCUUAUAUUCAGGUACACACUGUAGAUAAAGUUCUUUAUCUCCAAAUGGAUAACAUAAGGGAAACUAAAGCCUGGAGGCAGGCUAUUAAAAUGGCUGCAAUGGAAAAUGGACCGAGCCUUUAUGAACAACAGCUUACAAAAGAUGAUGUUCCGGUCGUCGUAGAUAAAUGCUUAAGUUUUGUCUACGCUCAUGGGAGUAUGUCAGAGGGAAUCUACCGGAGAAGUGGAGGAAAUAGUAACGUGACCAGAUUGACUGCUGAAAUGAGGGCUGAUGCCUGGGCUGUUCAACUCAGCAGACAAGAAUAUACCGAACAUGAUGUAGCGAGUGUAUUAAAGAGGUUCUUUCAUGAACUUUCCGACACGCUUCUAACAAGCCUGCUGCACAAAUAUUUUUGCAAAGCUGGAAGUUCAAAAUGUAGUAAGAAUGAAAAAAUUGCCAUGUACAGGACGAUAUUGGAAAAAUUGCCUAGAAUAAAUUAUGUGACGUCGAGAAGGCUUUUCGGUCAUUUUUCUUUUAUUGCCGAACAGGCCGAUUUGAAUAAAAUGCCGUCAGAAAAUUUAGCUGCAAUCUGGGCCCCGACGCUAAUGGGAAUUGAGGGUAAAAGAGGAGUUGAGUGGAGGAAAAAGGAAUGUGAAGUGAUAAAAGAUCUAAUUGAAAACUACAAAGCUGUUUUCUUGGUCGAUUGUGAGGAGAUUGACAGGGAACAGAGAAUAUUAAGCGUGCUCAGGAUGGUCCAGAAAACUUCAACAAAUUUACCACCACCGAAGCCAUCCGGUGACCUCAAGAUUUCAAUUUUUCUAAGAUCAAAGCAUGGUGAAAGUGUCUCCGUUGUGGUUGGUCCUGGUUUAAAAGCAGGCCAGAUUUGUUCAAUGCUUGCGCCAAGGACGGAAUACGCAUCGCAUGAACUUUGCCUUCACGAGAUGGUACUCGGAGGUGCUCUUUCAAGGCCUAUCCAUCAUUCAGAAAAAGUUUUGGACAUAGCAUUAAAAUGGGCAUAUUGGGAUGCAACUGAUUGCAGGGAAAAUUACUUUCUUUUAGCCCUUAAUAGUGUUUAUAGAGAAAUUAUGCCAUUGGCACAUACUCCUAUGUCCAAAUGUGGCGAUCUUAAAUUUGCCGACCAGAAAACUAAAUCGUUUAAAACGUUUACAUUUGAGUUUAGCAAAGCAAAAUUGAAAUAUUACAAAGACAAAGCAUGUUCAGUAAAAAUUAAUGAAUGGCGGAUUGAAGAUAUAACUUGGUACAUUGGACAUGAACCAAAAAGAAAUCCACAAAUGAGAUGGGCCAUCACAUUUAUUUAUAAAAAUGAUGAAGUAAAAAGGUCAAAGGACCGACCUUUUUUCGGUAAUACAAUAGCUGGCUCUUCAAAGGAAGAACAAAUACAAUGGAUGUCCGCUCUGAUACUCGGCCAAUAUCAGUAUACCGAUCUUAUUUCCAAACCUAACCUAAUUUGACUCGAGGGGGGUCGAUAAAUUGAUUUAAAAAGUUUCAAGAGCUUAGUACAUUUUAUAGUUAAUCGACCGAUUUUGCUGUCGAAAUUUACAAAAUUACCACGACUAGUCACUAUUGACUUUAAACAAUUGGUAGAAUCCAGAGUUUCAAAAUACUAUGCAUUUAUGCGUUACCAUUUUAUAUAAAUGAAUUUUAGUACUUAAAUUCAGAGAGAUUAAGAGGCUUCGCAUCUGAUGGUACAUAUAUAAUUAUAUAUAUAAAGAAUACAGUUUAAAAAAAAAUUCAGAAGGGGUAGACAUUAAUAGAGAUAGUUCUCAAGAAUAACAUGCAUUUAGUACUAGAUGGAUUAUUUAAAAUGAGUGAGAACAAAUAGGUAAGAAUUAUGAGAAAAUAAUUUAUAUAUUCUUUAGAUUUUAUAUUAAUUGUUAAAUUUAUUAGUAAUACACUUUAUUAAAAGC